AUGUUGGUAUACAUCUGGUUUCUCAACUCGUUGGUCCCGACGAUCGCCGCCACGGUGGAUGGCAUUGAGAAGGUGAAGGACGUCUGGGAGAAGUUGAGGAGAACAUAUGAUGGGGUGAGGAAUAACCUGCGGGUGUUCCAGAUUAAAGGAGAGAUCGACGCCACAGUCCAGGGAGAGCGGACUGUACAGGAAUAUGCUACAGAGCUGGAGCGCCUGUGGCUGGACUAUGAUCAUUUUUUCCCCCGGGCUAGCUGCAAGGACCCGGGAUGUAAAGAGCGGGAGGCCUUUCUACAGGAGAGGACUAUGGUGUUUCUUAAGGGAUUGACAUCAGAGUUCGCUCAGCGAAUUGCAUUACUGCUAGCUCAGCCGAAAAUUCCCACGCUUGAGGAGGUUGUCUCUGCUAUGAUCCAGGAGGAGACUCGCAUUGGUGAAGUCAGCACUAGCAACCUCUAG